AUAAGCUUAACCUGAUCAAACGUAUCAAAAUGUUCCGUUCAAUCUUCGUGUCAUUUGCUAUCUUGAUAGUCUCUCUUUUCCAAACGACUUUUGCUAUUCCUGUGAGCGAUUCCAAGACUUUUGUGCUCACUGACGAACAUAUCGUACCAAAAUCGGAGGUGCAAAAUUUGGAAAUAAAUUCACACCAGAAUGAUUGGAUUGGAAAUAUCGAAGUUGGAGCACCACAGAACGAUUUAAUUUAUUUUUAUGGUACGCCUUAUACUAUACAGAACGACCUAACCGGAGUUGCAACGCUGAAAUUAACAUACACAUUUACUAACAAAGAUCGAACAUUUCAUUAUGUUAAAGUAGUGAGUGACAACAAUUACGCAGUGAUAUGUGCUGAUUCAGACGAUUUGGGAUCUAUUUCAUUCACUUUUACGGUUCGCGUAACUGCCUUAUCAUCUAGUAAGGUUAUACCUCUUUUCGGAGUACGUUAUAUAUAAUAUUAUACUACUCAUUACGUACAUAUAUGACAAUAAUCAUUUGUCUUAUUUGAGAUAAUUUUAUUUUGAUUACUUAAUACACAUGCACAACGUUUGUUUCCAAACUUUCUUUGUAUAAUGAACAAAAGCUGAUUUAAUCAACUUGAUAAAAACGUGUUUACUUUAAAAAAAAUUAUAACAACGAAUUGAAUUCUUUUAUUGUAAAAUAUAAGUUUUCUUUUUUUCUUCCUAAU